CGCCCCGGAAGGCCGCCGUGGGGGGGCGGCCCCUGCCCGCCAUUUGCGGCGGCGGCGGGCGCGGUGCGGGGCCAUGCCCGGCGGCGGGGCCGGGCUGCGGGCGCUGCUGGCGGCGCGGCGGGCGGCGGGCGCGGCGCGGCGGGGAGCGGCCAUGUCUUCUCAGUCUCACUGGCUGACGACAGAGGAGAGGAGCCAAGUUUUACUUGAUCUCAAAGCUUCGGGCUGGUCUGAGUUAGGUGAAAGAGAUGCCAUCUACAAAGAGUUCAAUUUCAAAAAUUUUAAUCAGGCUUUUGGAUUUAUGACGCGUGUUGCCCUACAAGCAGAGAAGCUGAAUCACCACCCAGAAUGGUUCAAUGUCUACAGCAAGGUUCAGAUAACUCUGAUUUCCCAUGACUGCAGUGGGCUGACCAAGAGAGAUGUGAAGCUGGCUAAAUUUAUUGACAAAGCUGCUGCCUCAGUGUAACCAAGAUGUAAAGCUCUUUAAUACAGUGUCCACCAAUAUUUUGAUUUAAAUGGUAUCCCUCAUUCCUUGUAAGCCUGAUUUCACAACCCCCUAAGACAUUUUGUAAAUAGAAUGGCUUAGCUUUGUUGGCCUUUAAGACCUCUGUCUUGAGACCCCUGUGGAUGUUCCUGCCUGUCUUUUGCCAUCGCUGGCUUCACGUGAGGAUGGAGCAGAUAAACCAGUAGCAACUAAGUUCUGAACAGUCCUUUUCCAGCAACUAAAACAAGCUGGAAUGAAAGCAGGAGCCCGCCCGCACGUGUUGGUGUUCCCCAAGCCCCCGGGAGCCGAGGCUGGUGGCAGCUACCACGGGACCCUGCCCUGUGCCCAGCCGCUUCCCUCCUAUAGAUUUGUACAUCUCUGCACUUCAGGCAGCGUAAGGGCAGGCAGGCUGGGGCUGUCCCCUCUGCCAGUGACCAGUGGCCAGCGCAGGGGAUGCUGGUGAGAGCAGUGCAAGCUGCUGCUGCUGUUGCCUUGGGGUUGCAGCUCACCUCACGGUUACAGCUUUGCUUUUGGGGUUUUUUCUGUGCUUGUCCGACGGCUCUUUGAGUGUGUCUGUCCUUUUGGCACCCACAGCCCAGCCGCUACAGCCAGCUAAGUGUUGCAGCAUGCUUGAGAACCCUUCUCCAUCAGAGAUGCAGGACUGGAUCCCACAGUUGCUGAAAACUUGAGCUCUGGUCUGGCAAAUACAAAACAUACUCAGUGAGCUCCCGGCCCUCAUAUCAUUAAACAAAGCAUGAGCUUAAGUGCUUGGCUGGGCUGGGCCAGUGCUCAGCACCUUGCAGGACUGAGCCAUUGUUUGUGUUGUAACGCUGCCAUACCUGCGGGAUCGGGGGGUAGCACCGCCGGGAGCUGCCGGUGGUGGAGGAAGCAGCAUUAGCAGGAUUCUUGCUAAGCUGGGUUCGGCUGAAGGUAUGCUCACCCUUUUUUUUUUUUUUGUUGUUGUUGUUGUUGUUGUUGUUGUAGCUACAAUUACUCAUUGCAAACAUUGUUCCAAGAACUGCAUAUCCCACCGACGAGGUUUAAAAUAAUUUCUUCCCUGGUUUCAAAGUCUUUGUUUUUUAUCCUGUGAUCCUCACCGAGACUGAUUUCCACUGCCGGCAGGGAGAUUUCAACCUGCUGAAGGCUCACAGCAGGGCCUCUUCUGUGCAGUCCCGCUGUGAGUGUCCCCAGCGUGCUCCGGCAUGCCCUGCCAGCAGCUCUGGGUGCGGAGCUCCAGGAGAUUGACACCUCCGAAAUGCCGGAGUGCAUUGCUGGAGUGACACCAGCGGCACAGCCACCAGCCACCCAGAAGUGAGAUACAUGAGUGCCAAAAUCUAUAUUGGGUGUAUGUGCGAGGUGUGUGGUCUGUCAGAUAUUUGGGAUGCAGAAUGCCACUAGCUGCCGUGCAAGUAUCCGUGUCGAUAAAAUAAGAAAGGUAUUUUUUGUUAAUCCUUAGCAAGUGCACUGUCAGGUGCUAAUUGGUCGCAGGAAGGAAGAUGUAAGGUGUUGGGGUUUAUUGUCGGUAACCCUGCUUGGGAUAUCAAGUUAAUACCUAGAAAGACCCAAAUUCAGGCUGCGUGCUCCAGUGUGCUUUGCUUACAAGUGCAUUUCCCCAGCGAAGCGGCAGAUUUCUCUGAUACGGUGUGAAAGUGGUCACUGUUGUGAGGAAUGACUAAAACUAAUAAAUAACCGGGCUGUGACGUCUCCUGUUACUGGUGGGGAAGUGAAAGGGGCUUCACCCACAGUUUUGACUUCUCUAAUCAAGUGUGAAAACUCUGUUGUUAGAAAUUGACAGAUAAUGUGUGCACUUCAAAUAAAACAAACAAAUUCCUCCUU